CCCCCGCGAGCCGGACUGAGGCAGAGUCGUAUGUUUCGUCCACCAACGUCCAACGGACGCCGUUUGCCCGUCUCUGGUCUUCAUCUUGCCCGGUGGCCAAAACCCUAGAAACCUCAGGGAAAGGAGGACCCAGGGGGACUGUGAACGGCCAUGGAAAAGCUGGACGAGAGUCAGUUCGAGCAGCGGAUGAAGCUCUGCGCGCUCCGCAUCCCCCGCGAGCUCGCCUCCGCCGUCACCCGCCUCCUUCGCUCCGGGCACCUGCUGGACAUGCCGCGGGUCAAACCUGUAGUUGAGGACCCUGGAAAUGGCAAUAACAGACUCGUCGUGCUCUCGGAGAGGAUCCAGAACCCCGAUUUAUCUGACAUUCCAGAGCAAGUUCAAGUUUCAUUGAAGCAACUGUGCAACAUUGAUGUUGUGCCUUACACUUUGACUCUUGGUUAUUCCUAUUGGAGCGCUGAUCAUAUUCUGAAGCAAAUCCUGCCUGCAGGAGUGGAGGUACCCUCUUCUUUUGAAACAAUUGGCCAUGUUGCUCACUUAAACAUACCUGAUGAGUUGUUACCAUACAAAGAUGUCAUAGCUAAGGUUAUCUAUGAUAAAAAUUACCCAAGGAUCCAAACAGUGGCGAAUAAAGUUGGGGCAAUUUCAAAUGAAUUUAGAGUUCCAAAGUUCGAGAUUCUAGCAGGAAAAAGUGAUAUGGUCACUGAAGUCAAACAGUAUGGCGCUACAUUUAGACUUGAUUAUGGUUUGGUCUACUGGAAUUCGAGACUUGAGCAUGAGCACAUCAGAUUGGUUUCCCUUUUCAAGAAAGGGGAUGUUAUAUGUGACAUGUUUGCUGGUAUCGGCCCAUUUUCCAUCCCAGCUGGACAGAAAGGAUGUGUUGUAUAUGCAAAUGAUUUAAAUCCAGAUAGUAUUCGUUAUCUAAAGACAAAUGCAAAGAUUAACAAAGUGGAGGAUUAUAUCUUCACAUAUAACCUGGAUGCUAGAGUAUUUAUGCAAACUUUAAUGAGCGUACCUGGUCCAGAAACUAAGUCUGAGCCUCAACUUGCUACUGCCAAUUGUUCUUCUGGAGAAAUGGUAUGUGCUGAUGGACAGUCCACUUCAAAUGGAAACCAUAAUGAUGUACGAGAGAUCUUCCAGAAGAGUUUGAAUGACCACUCCAUGGUAGGCACUACUGCCAAAAGGCGUCAAGAUACCUCGAGUGAAGGUGAUCUGGCCUGCCAAGAAGAUGGCAAUCAAACCAAAAAGCGGAACAACAAGAAAGUAAAAUGUACAGGGCCACUACCCGUCAAGCCAUGGGAACACAUGGACCAUGUAGUAAUGAAUCUCCCUGCUUCUGCUCUGCACUUUCUAGAUUGUUUUAGUGGCCUUAUCCAAAAGAGAUGCUGGAAAGGAUCGUUACCUUGGAUCCACUGUUAUUGUUUCAUCCGUUCAAGUGAAACUGAAGAAUUGAUAUUAUCUGAAGCAGAAAAUAAACUGAAUGCCAAGAUAGCCGAACCAAUAUUCCAUAGGGUUCGUGAUGUUGCACCUAACAAGGCUAUGUUUUGUUUAAGUUUUAGGUUACCCACAGAAUGUCUCAAGGAGGAAACUGAAGACCACAUGUCAAUCAGUUGAGGGUUAGCCCUCUUCCAUAAAAUUGCUGAAGCUAUAGUUGCUUUCCCGGUACUCUUGGAGGUUUGCAAAAGAAAUUUCAAUCAUUCUAGUAGAUCUCAAGCUAUCCAGUGAAGUUUGAAAUGAAUCACCAUUCAGUUUAAAGGGAAAAGUUUUGUCAGAUUUCAUGCUUGUCAGGGGUGAAACCAAGACUGUGGUAGCAUCAUCUGAUGUAGAAUUCUUGCUGCUAUUGGUCUACAUGACCAAACAGUUUCUGAGGUUUUUCUUUAAGAUAUGAUUUAAUUGUGUCGAAAUCCAAAAGAAUGGCAGUUCGGGAUGACACCUUUUCAUUUCUGGACUGUUAUGCCGUGCCAUGUAGUUUCAUCCUUUACUUGUAGAGCUGUUAUACCACCAAUCUUUGUUCCCUGUUUUCUUUUCCAGCAAUUGUGUGCUCGAUAAUUAUAUUGAUUCAGUCUUGUAUUCAUUUGGCUGUGUUGAACAAGUUAUAAAUUA